UUUGUUGAAACGAAAUUGAUCAUUGAUGUAUCAUCACGAUGACACAUUUAUGGAAAUCAGCAGACAAAAGCAUCCAAAAGAGAGUGCUACAGCCGGGUAUUUUUACCAAGAAACCAACUGAAUGCUCCACUUGUACUAUUAAUGUAGAGAACAUAAACGUUACUGGAAUGUCUGAAAUGGAUUUAAAAGUGAAAUAUCAUACCAAUAUUCUUGAUGGCGAGCCAGAGAAGACGAUGGUUAUAGGAGAAGCUAGCUCAAAAAUUGAUGAAAAAAUCGAGAGAGUGAUUUGCAUGAUGAAUAUCAAUGAGAGGAGUCUCGUUAUCAUUGCCAUGCCUUUAAAGCAAUCAGAAUCUAUAGAUAAUAAUGAAUCUGUAAUAGUUCAGUUUGAGAUCACAUUGUCCCUUUGUAAACGCUAUAAACCAGUUUGGAAUUGGAGUGCAGAAGAAAAGUAUCAAGUAGCUUCAAGAUAUAAAGAAAAAGGAACCGUGUUGUUUAAGGACUCCCGAAUCAUAGAUGCAUUCCGUAGGUUCAGCAAAGCUUGCAAACUUCUCAUAACAUUGGAGCCAAUAGCAGACUUAGAAUUAAAUAAGCAGUUGGAGUAUAAUAUUAAUAAUUUAAAACUUGCAUUAUAUAAUAACAUGGCAAUAUGUCAACUGAAGCAAAAGAACUAUCAACACGUCGUUACACUGUGCACAAAAGUGUUGAAUAAAGAUAAGAAUAACGUUAAGGCUUUGUAUAGAAGAGGAGUAGCAUAUGGUAAUAUAGGAGACAACGAAAAAGCUAUAGCAGAUUUGAAGGUGAUACUUACUUUAGAACCUACUAAUCACUCGGCGAAAGAACAAUUUGAUGUGUACAACACCAGAUUGCAACUAUCGCUUCAGAGAAAUAAAGAUAUGAUGAGGAGAAUGUUUAAAACUUAUUAG